AUGCACGUUAGCGAAAUGCAACGCCCUGCAGCGGGACUCACGGCCCAGGACCUUGGGCUAGAAGCAGAAAUAGAAGAGGCGGUGGUGGAUGUCAUCGAUCUGCCUCAGCUGCACACGAAGCCGAAUGCCAGAACACUGUUGUCCACCCUUGCCGACUUCAGCUCCGAGCCUCCAUCUUGGGAAGCCACGCCGCGUACUGGUACCCCGCGAACACCCCUCAGCGGUGUCUCCACGCCAUUGCGUAAGAGCAGGAAGAUCAAACAUGAGGGAUCUGCGCGGUACUUGACCAACAUUGUCGGAAGCGACCUUGCGUGGAUUGAAGAUGAAGAUGUCAAGGAGAACAUAUGGGAAGCUGCCUCAAAGCGGCUGAGCGAACGCUCGGGUAGAUCGGCUAUGGGUGACAUACGCCGCAGCUUCUACAUACCUCUGUCGCAAGACGAUGUUGACGAGGGUAUUGAAAUCGUGUUGCACGAGCCAGCUCUGACGGGUGACUCGCUUGGUCUCAAGACUUGGGCUUCAAGCAACUUGCUGGCUAGAAGACUCCUCACAUUGCGCCCAACGCUGCCUCCAUUCACAGACAAUUCUGCCAUACUGGAACUCGGCUCUGGCACGGGACUUGUGGGUCUCGCUGCUGCUGCUGCCUUCCAAGCUCACGUGGUCCUCACGGACCUUCCCGACAUUGUUCCCAACUUGAGACGCAACGCUCUGGAAAAUGAGGCAUCGCUCAAAUCCUAUGGCGCAAAGGCCGACGCCGCGGUAUUAGACUGGACAGAGCCCGCCUCUUUUCCCGUCGAAGCGCAUACCUUCGCAUUAAUAUUGGCUGCAGACCCGAUCUACUCCGAAUUACAUCCUCGCCUCCUCGCACAAACCAUUGGACAUCACUUGAGCUUAGGUGAUAGGUCGAGAGUCAUUGUAGAGAUGCCACUGCGCGAUGCAUACGCUCCUGAACGACAAGACUUUCGAGAACGAAUGCUUGCGUUGGGGCUAGGUAUUGCCGAAGAAGGCGAAGAAGUAGGCUUCGACGAUUGGUUGAGUGGGAAUGACGAUGAGCUGCUCGAAGUGCGAUGUUGGUGGAGUGUCUGGAAACGGCAAUGA